AUGCCGAGUCUGCGUGUUCAGACCAACGCUCUCAGACAGUCCGGCCCUGACGUUGACGCUGCAGACGAGGCGAUCAAACGCGGAAUGAUGGCUGACCUUGGUACUGUCCGCAUCGAUGAGCUGCCACUUGACGACACUCCCAACCCGAGAGCUAUCCCGCCUCGCCCGCGUCGUAUCGUUCGUGCCACUGAGCACACGAUGGCGAAAAAUGGUAUCGACGAUGCAGAGGCCAUGACUGUCAAAGAUCUGAAUGAUCUCGGCGGCCCCAGCGUUCACCGACCGAUCGCAGGCCCUUCCAGAGACUUUAUUGCAGAGCACCGUCGCCCUCUGUAA